CGCGAAUUGAUACGUUAAAUCUCUCGUGACAAAAUAAUUCCGGGAAGUUUGCUGUCAUUCAAACAUUCAAAUUUCCGUGUUAUAUUCAGAGCUAUGAGCGGUUCAGAAUUUUAUAUGGAACAGCUGUCAAGACGCCGAAUAUUUGAAACAAGAACGUUCAGCGUGUGAGAGCUGCACUUUAUGUUUAUUUUGACAUGAUGGUUGUUAAGAAUAAUACAAAUAAAAAGUUUGAGAUCAGAGGAAUAAGGAGAGCGAAAAUAUUGUAAAUAGGUACUUGUACGAAAAUAAUAGCUGUGAAGGUUGUUUUUUGGAUUGUACUCUUUAUUUUACUCUGCCUUGUGAAGCUCCCUGCAACUACAAAAAUAGAUUACUCUAAUUAGAAAUAUUCAUUUGUUUGAAUAGGCUUGAAGCAAGUUUUAUAUUGAAUAUCUGAUGUAGCCCGACAAGUGGUCCAGCAACAAGUUUUCAGAACGCCGAAAACGGGGUUGUCCGUCUUUGGUUCCGCCAUGACCCGCAGGACCAUCUAACGAAUUACUCAACACCAAGGAAGACGUUACAAAUCGGAUAGCAGAAGUGAAAGUUGUUACACCACACGACUCCAAGGCAAGAGUAAAUUAUAGAUUUAGAAAGAUGUCGGAAAAUAUCUGUCGACGGCAGUUCACCUGUCGGAGCUUUGGUUUUGCUUGUUCCGAAGCAGAGAAAAAUUCUUUUUAUGUAUCGCAGUGGGGAGAAAACCGAGUCAUCUUUUUCAUCUAUCGUUUAUUUAUGGGAUUAUAUUCACUUGGAUGGACUUUAGCAUAUUUAAUUACUCUUGGAAUAUAUGAGCCUGAUCGAUUUGCCAUCAGCUACACGUUUUUAACCAACUGGGGAGAUGUCCUGAAGACUAUUUACUUCAUUUUAGCGGCAGUACUAUCAUUAGUUGGGGUCGUAAACAGGAAAAAAAUGAUAUUUACUGAUAAUAUUCCAACAAAGAUUCUACGAAGCACAACUUGGAUGUUGUUUUCAAUCUCUGCAACCGCUCAAGUCUUAAUCUUCCUUACCUAUUGGGUAUUUUUAGCCCCAAUUGCCGCACCCGAAGACAUUCCAACUCCUUACAAUAUACACCGACAUGCGAUAAACCUACUUCUGGUUUUAAUCGAUGUGUUUGUGGCAGCUUUCCCCAUUCGUCUCCCCCAUGCUGUUUACGCCAUGAUUGUAGCGUUUCUGUACUGUCUUAUGACGCUGAUAGAGCAUUUAACUGGUGGAAUAUCCGCUGUGUAUCCAUUUCUGAAUUGGGCUACAAACCCAGGGUUAGCUGCCGGAAUAUGUGUCGGGCUUAGCAUAUUAGGACCAAUAGUUGUUCAAAGCAUUUUCUUCGGUUUUUAUAACCUAAGACUUGCCAUUGCGAAAUGUGUUGAUAAAUCGAGAUCGCCAGAAACUACAAGGCUUCGAUCCACAGAGCCGUCAGAUCAAAAUGGAGCAACACAUGAUAUUGACAAUCCAGCGUUUGACUCUUUUGAAUGAAAUCAGCCAAUAAAGUAUAUAGAAAGGAUGGUGAACCAUUGACUGGCGGAUACAUAGUGACCCGUCAUGUUUUUUUUUCGAUGACCCGUCUGGUCAAGAUUUAAAGCGAGAAACAUACCAACAUUUUAGUGAUGGUAAAAUGUGUACCGAGAUCGGCCUUAACUCAAUCGAACAAUAAGUGAAACACUACAAAAGUUCCGAUAUAUAUAAGCUUACCAUACGUCCCGGUUUAGCCGGGACAGUCUUAGUUUUCACAAGCUGUCCCGGUGUCCCGCGCGUUAUACAUAAAUAUCCCGGUCAUAUAAUAUGGCAGUCAUAAAAAUUUUGUUUAUUUAAUAUCAGUGCACAAUUUUUUUUAGUUAAUGGGGGCAGUCCAGUUAUCACUGAUUCGCGAUUCACUUCAAUAGUUCGGUGUGGGAAAGAGAGAGAACUACCAUGCAAAAAAUGCACGAUGUACAAUGAUUUAAAUAUUACUAAGCCUAGGAAUUGGUUCCCGAUUUGUCCAAUCGUCGCUUUCCUGUUUUUUUCAUAUAUAUGGUAAGCCGAGAUUAAAAUAGUAUAUAUAUGGCACGAUAGAUGUAUAUAGGAUAUGGCAGGGGUGGCCAACCUGCUUUCGACCGCGAUCGACUAAAAUCUUCAAAAUAUAUCGCGAUCGACUGAUCGGUAAUGAGCUUCUACACAAAAACGAAUGGGCACUAAAUAUUCAGAUAACUGCAUAUACCCAUACAAAAAAUUCCACUGCUGCAAAUAAGAAGGCUUUGUGGGCACAUUAUUAAUAAAAUCGAAAAAAAAUUUGUAUUUUUCAUGUUCUAUUUGAGUUGUUGAUUUAAUUAUUUAAUUGUACCCGGAGUAAAUGUGUCAUUAUUUAUUUAAGAUUUAUUUGAAUCAUAUAAUUCAGACAAAGAGCGUGCCUAGUU